AUGUCAUUCUCAUACGACAUAGCACAGGCAAUGUUCAACCAGUCAAACUCGGGCGCACCCAAACCACCCACCCAAACCCGUGCCCAACGUCAACAACAACUUCAAUACCCAGCCCCAACAACUAUCUGCUGUAUCCACCUCCACGACAACGACAAGAUCCGGCUCAUCAAUGCUCCCCCCUCCCUCAUCCCUUUACUCCGUCAGACGAUUGUUGACACCUGGAAGCAACCUAUCCAACAGGAAAUUAGCAAGAUUUACUGUGGGACUUAUGAGUUCAGGGUUAGAGGCAAACCGUGGGCCCCGAGCCCAAAGACUGGUCCGUUACUUACAUCGACGAAUUUAGUUCUGGCGUUGAAGAGGACUAUGGAGAAGGUUGGGUGGUCGUUGGUCCUGGCUUCGAAUGUGAGCCGGAUUAGGGAGGAGAACGACUCGUUAUUCUUUGAGUGGACGGGUGGUUUCCAGGCCCGCCCAUGGUUGUCGUCCCAGCACCACCAGCAGUAUCAGUACCGCCAGCAGCAUCAAUAUCAGCAGCAGCAACAAGUGCAGGGGAUGGAUGGAAAUCCCGGUCCAUGGUUGUCGUCCCAGUACCACCACCAGCAGGUGGCGGCGCAAGAGAAAGAUGCAGACCAGAUGACUCUUGUUGGUGAUGUGUCUGGAUACAAGAACGCGGAGGAUAUGAUGUUCCAAGUCUCGGUAGCGGCGACAGCGGGGGGUGUGGAGUCGUUUACGGUCGAGCUCUCCGGGUACGAUACUAUCCGGGUGCCGACCGAGGUUCCUGUUGUUAUCCUCACAGCACUUCGUCUCGCCAUCCUCAGGCAUUGGACGCAAGGAAUCGAGAAGGAAAGCGACAACAAGGGUAUGCACGAGUACACAUUGACAUCAUGCCCGUUCCAGACAUGGGGAGCCGAGAAUACCAUCGAGGUUUCGAUGGUGAUCAUCCAAGCAUUGGAGAACAUGCGGUUGCACGGGUACAAGCUGUGCAGGGAGGCGAUGGAUCGGGAUGCUGUUGGAGGGAAGACCCAGACGCAGGAUAAGAAGGACAAGAAGAAGGAGAAGAAAGAACAGGUACUUGUUGACUCCUGGGUGCUUCGACGGAUCCAAUAG